CCUCUCAAUACGAACACCUCUAUUAGGCGGACAUGUUUUUCGGAACGAAAUAUUUGCCUACACUUUUACCUGUAAAACAAACGCUUUUAACCGGACCCUUAAACGGUCCUGCCUUUAAAAAAAUUACUUCUCUCAAAGGACGUGAACCUUCAAUAAUAGAACAACGCAAUGCUAAAAUAUAGUAUUAUUUAUUACGCCGUGACUUGCAGUUUUAUUCUGCAAGCAAAUCCGUGGAUUCCACAAUUUUUAAAAUGGCACCUACUAAAAAAAAUUCUUAAUUGCGAGAAAAAAUGGAUAUUGUUGACGUUUCGGAAACGUUUGUGAAAAAUAAUGGCAGCAUUCGUGUACAGUGGGAGUCGGAAAGCAAUAUUGAUAAAAAAAAUUGUAAAAACUAAAGGAUCUUCGAAUUGCGAGGUCAAAACAUUCCAACAUCGGGUCACUUAGUAAAAAUAAUUACCGACCUAAAUGUUGCUAAAGAGAACUACAUUGCAUUUCAACACCUUAAAAAUGUAGAUCAUUUUCAGUCAAGUUAAAGCAAGAAAACAAUAACUAUGCGUCAGACUAGUAUCUUAGAGUUAGUAAAUAAAUAAUGAAAGUUCGUUCACCUACAUUUUUUCUAUAGUUUUUUUGUAUGUUUUUAAAGAAAUAAAUGUAAUGCAUAUUUACGAUUUAUGUUUAUGUAUAUUUAUGUUAUGUUAUGUUCAUGGAUCUCUAAUGAGCGGAUACCUCUAAAUAAGCGGCCAAAACUAGAGGAACCGUGAGUGUCCGGUUGUGGGAGUUUUCACUGUAUUUUUAAUUUUUUGACAAUAAUGACAGUGUAAUUUAAUUUAUAUUAUUAUUAUUAUUAUAUUAUUAUUAUUGCAAUACUUUUUUCCAAUAACAAAUUAAAAUUGUUAUACAACCUCUAUUGUUUGAAAAUAUUUAUUUAAUUCUAACUGAUUUAAUUAAAUACUUAGAAACUUAAUUUAAGUCUAGUCCGGCAGCGCCUGUCAUCAGUUUAUGUACACUCCGGGAGGGAGCAGUACGUCUGUUAAUAUGCCCGCGAAACUAGAACUAGAACGAUUCGUGUAGUCCAACCUUUACAAGACCUACUUUCAAUUAAGUAAUCGCGUUCGAGAUUGUAUAAAGUAAACAAGCUCUCGUAAAGAGACAAAAGCUUUUACACCAAAGGGUCCAGAAUUAAAAUGGCUCUCCUGGGACAUCUCGACCAAAUUUUCAGAAAAAUCGACGAAAACGCGUCGCACUUCGUCGAGAACCUCGCCGAAGCCGUCGCCAUAGAAUCUAUAUCCGCUUGGCCCCACAAAAGAAGCGAACUGACCCGUAUGGUCCGAUGGACGGCCGAGAAGUUGCGCAAGUUAGGGGCGCAAGUCGAGCUCAAAGACCUGGGCGAGCAAACAUUACCCGACGGCACUCGAAUCCCGUACCCUCCAAUUUUACUGGGGACCCUGGUCGUGGAUCCUGAUUAUACCACGGUGUUAGUCUACGGCCACCUCGACGUCCAACCGGCAAGACUCGAAGACGGAUGGGACAGUCCUCCGUUCGUCCUAACCGAGAAAAACGGAGCCCUAUACGGAAGGGGCUCGUCGGACGACAAGGGUCCCGUGUUGGGGUGGAUUCACGCGAUCCAGACGUACCAGAGCCUCGGAGUACCGGUACCUGUCAACUUAAAGUUUGUCUUCGAGGCGAUGGAGGAGUCCGGCAGCGAAGGACUGAGGGGGGCGCUGGAGUCCGAGAAGGAAGGGUUUCUGAAGGACGCGGACUACGUGUGCGUCACGGACAGUAGGUGGCUCGGACCCAGCAGGCCGUGUCUGACGUACGGCCUGAGGGGGGUCAGUUACUAUCACGUAGAAAUCGAAUGCUCUGUCAAGGACCUGCACAGCGGCGUCUACGGCGGUACAGUACACGAGGCGAUGACUGAUCUAGUGUAUCUUUUAAACGCGCUGGUGACCAAAGAUGGGAAAAUUCUGAUACCACACAUCUACGACCAGGUGGCGCCACUGUCGCCCGAAGAAGCAGACAUCUACAAGGCGAUCCACUUCGAUGUGGACGUCUAUAAAAGAGACGUCGGAUGUAAAGAGUUAAUCUACGAGGAGAAGGAAGACAUUUUGAUGCACAGGUGGAGGUUCCCGUCGUUGUCGAUCCACGGUAUUGAGGGCGCUUUCAGUGAGCCCGGUCAAAAAACCGUCAUCCCCAGAAAGGUCGUGGGCAAGUUUUCGAUAAGGACCGUUCCCAACCAAAGGCCUGAAAGCGUGGAGAAACACGUCACCGAUUACAUCACACGAAAGUACGAGGAAUACGGAAGUCCCAACAAAAUUCGGAUCCAUUCGACGCAUGCCACCUCGUGGACCGAGAACCCCUACCAUCCCCACUACGAGGCCGCUGCCCGGGCCACUAAAUCCGUUUACGGAGUGGAGCCGGAUCUUACCAGGGAGGGUGGCACCGUACCAGUUACUUUGAUGUUACAGGAGGUCACGAAUAAGAACGUGUUGAUAUUGCCGAUCGGCGCUUCGGACGACGCCGCGCAUGCACAAAAUGAGAAAAUUAAUAGGAGGAAUUAUAUCGAGGGGACGAAAUUACUGGCAGCCUACCUUCAUGAAAUGGGAAAACUGUAAUUCAAUCAAACCGUCAUACAGCUCAGCAAGUUAUAACAGAAAUUUCCAAGAAGACGGCAAAUUGUUUGAUCAAUACAUUUACUCUGUCAGUG